UUCUAAAAAUUGCAAGUAAACGCCGAUACUUUGGUUAGUAAUUCCAGGAGACUUGAUGACAAAUCAAGAGCGAUUGACAAUGUCAUAUCCUCAUGACAGGAAAUAUCUAGUUGAGUAGUUUUCUUCCGAGUCUUGCAAUUCAUUUUCCAGCCGACAAGUUUGAAAAGCCAUGGUUCAAAGGGGAAAAAUGUACAUAGUUGAAAAUGCAACUUUCAGAGUAGCUGAUUUGCCGACAUGCAGAUGGAGUCCAUCUCAAAUUCGAUGUUUUCGUACGUCCUGAUUUCGUUUCUCUUGAUCCGAUCCUGCAAUGGAACCGAUAGAAUCAGCCAAAACCAAACCAUGGCCGAUGGUGAGACUCUGGUCUCCUCAGGUGGAACUUUUGUGCUGGGAUUCUUUAAACCACCAAGUUCCACUAAUCGAUAUCUGGGAAUAUGGUACAACAGAUCUCCUGAAACGAUUGUGUGGGUUGCAAACAAGGUAAGUCCACUAACAGAUUCAGAUGGAGUUCUAACAAUCCACGGUGAUGGAAAUCUUGUACUUCUCAAUGGAACGAAAAGGAUCAUCUGGUCAUCGAAUUCUUCUUCGGCAGAUGCUCCAAUGAACUUGGUCGCAGAGCUCUUGGAUUCUGGAAACCUUGUUCUUAAAAGACAAGAUGGUUUUAAAGCAGAAAGCUAUGUAUGGCAGAGCUUUGAUUUCACAACUGACACACUUCUUCCAGGAAUGAAGGAAGGAAAAAACUUGCAGACCGGCCAAACUUGGUACUUGACAUCAUGGAAAAAUCAAAAUGACCCUUCUCCUGGAGAAUUCAGUUACAAACUUGACACUAUUGGGUUGCCUCAGUUUGUUCUUCGCAAGGGAUCAGAGAAGAAGUUCCGCACUGGGCCGUGGAAUGGAGAGCGAUUUAGUGGUUCUCCUGUGAGGAGCAGCAGUUUCAUUGCGCCUAUUUUUGUUUAUAAUGAUACAGAAAUAUAUUAUACGUAUGAAAUGACGGAUAGUUCAGUACUCUCGAGGGUAACGUUGGAUGAGUCAGGCGUGAUUGAACACUAUAUGAUGAAUAAAGGAAGUUCUGAUUGGAUACUCAUAUAUAGGCUGCCCUAUGAUAUGUGUGAAGAAUAUGGUAAGUGUGGUCCUAAUGGCAUUUGCAGGAUCAAUAGUAAUCCAAUUUGUCAGUGCUUGGACGGAUUUGUUCCAAAGUCAAAAGGAGAUUGGGAUGUACUAAUUUGGUCUGGUGGAUGCAAGAGGAGAACCCCCUUGGAUUGCAAGUCAGGAGAUGGCUUUAUAAAGCUUAAAAAUGUUAAAUUGCCAGACCUCUUGGACUUUCGGCUGAGUCAGAGCAUGACCACUCGGGAAUGUGAGAGAGAAUGCCUGAAGGAUUGUUCUUGUAUUGCUUUCACAGACUCUAAUAUUACCAACGGAGGUAGUGGCUGUCUGAUGUGGUUCCGUGACUUAAUUGAUAUUCAAGAAUAUGAUGACAAAUAUAGCGAGCAAGACAUAUAUCUACGGAUGCCAAAAUCAGAAUUAGAUGCAAUCGAAAAUCAGAACAAGAAAAGAGCAUUGCUCAUUCUAGUGAUUCCAACAGUUUUUGGAGGGAUACUUGUCCUUUGCUUCGUCUUAUGCUGCAUGAUUCGGAGAAGGAAGGAGAAAAGAGGCAUGGCUGUUGUGGACUGAAGAUAAGGCCUUGCAGUUAAUGGAUGAGUGCUUGAAGGAAUCAUCUGUCGAAUCGCAAGUGUUGAGAUGCAUUCAGGUGGCUUUAUUGUGUGUUCAGAAACAUCCAGAGGACAGGCCGACAAUGGCAGCAGUCGUCAUCAUGUUAGGCAACGAGACUGUGUCAUUACCUCAACCCAAGCAUCCUGGUUUCUUCUUAGAAGGCAAUUAUGCAGGGGUAUCUGAGACAUCAACUGAGGAAAGAUUAAGAACUGAAAAUGCAGUGACCAUAACUCAAAUGGCAGGAAGAUAGAGAAGAACCAAGUUCAUCCGGGUACUUGGCCCUGAAAAAGCUCCCGGAAGAAACUGCAGGGCUGAUUUUUGUAGCCAGCCCUCAGCCUCCAAACCUCCAGAAAAGCCUUCUAGGCAACAUUUUGCCACAGUGGAGGAGAAAAUCCGAUUAUGCAAAAUCAAUUCCGGUUUUUUUCACUUGAAACUGGGAAAAAUGUUCCCAAUAUAUAAAACGAUUAAAUCCUAUUUAUGUAUCAAGCUCUACUUGGAAUUCUAUUAAUUAUGGAAGUGGAGGAAUAAAAAGGUAUUCAGGGAUGUGUUUGUACCCA